GCAGUUGCUGACGAGCUCCGGGGGGCGCCCUCCAUUUGUGGCGGCGGCUGCCGUUACCAGGCCCUACUCCCCCCCCCCCCCUAUUUGGUGUGUGUGUGUGUGAGUGAGUGAGUGAGUGAGUGAGGGGGGUGGCUCCGAGUAUUGGCGCUUCCUGCUCUCGCCGGCGCACCCACUUCCAUGAGUCACACUGUGACACCCCGUUCGCUCCUUUGUGUCACCCGGACAAGUUUCUCCACCUCUCCGUGCUGCUGAAGUUUUAUUUCUUUUUAUUUUGUUUUACCAACCCCCACGCCUUUCUCUCUCUCUCCCCUUUUCCCCUCCUCCUCGGGCGGGUCUCUUUGUCAGUUGGUGCGGGAAGGAGACUGACUGACUGACUGACUGAGUGAGGGAGUCCCAGGCUCCGGCCCCAGGCCUGGUUACCAUGGCAGCCGCCAAGGACGGAGUGGCCCAGGAGAAGUACAAGCUGGUGGUGGUGGGCGGCGGCGGCGUGGGCAAAAGCGCCCUCACCAUCCAGUUCAUCCAGUCUUACUUUGUAACAGAUUAUGACCCAACAAUUGAAGAUUCCUAUACCAAGCAAUGUGUUAUUGAUGACAGAGCAGCAAGAUUGGAUAUUUUAGACACAGCAGGACAAGAGGAGUUUGGAGCCAUGCGUGAACAAUAUAUGAGAACAGGGGAGGGUUUUCUGCUCGUCUUCUCUGUCACUGAUAGAGGAAGCUUUGAAGAAAUUUACAAGUUCCAAAGACAAAUCCUUCGAGUAAAAGAUCGCGAUGAAUUCCCUAUGAUCCUUGUUGGUAACAAAGCUGACCUGGAGCAUCAAAGGCAGGUGACAUCAGAAGAAGGGCAGCAACUUGCAAGGCAGCUCAAAGUAACAUACAUGGAGGCUUCAGCCAAAAUUCGAUUGAAUGUAGACCAAGCUUUUCAUGAACUAGUCCGAGUUAUAAGAAGAUUUCAAGAGCAAGAAUGUCCUCCUUCUCCAGAACCUUCGCAAAAUGAGAAAGACAGUAGUGGCUGUCACUGUGUCCUAUUUUGAGAUGAUGUUGCCUAUACUCACCCAGAUCUGCCAAACCACAUGUUCCUAUUUCUGCCUUCAAAAUCAUUUUGUGUGUCUAUCAGUAUUGCCUCUUUACCUGCAUGCUUACUGUUUGGCCGCAGAGAGCCUUAGUCUGAUGAAGAAAUUUGCUGUGUAAUGCUCUUGAGGAGCAGGGAAAUUUGCCACUCUUUCCUCAAGAUUCCAGGUUAAAUUUUAAGGAAACAAACACUAAGACUGCUACUUAGUAUGUUGCAGUUCUAUUUGUGUCUCACAGUUCUAUUUGUUUCAGGAAUGAUAUUUCUACUAAUUAUGAAAGAAAAUUUGGAAUGUAAGUUGAUUUGAGCUAAUUUGCCUUGUGAAGUGUUUAAAAUCCAUGCUUACAUGUCUCGUCCUAAGUGCCAUUUAACUUCUUGUGCUAUGGUUACAUGCUAAUCGGCUAUUGUACAUAAGGAUCCUUUAUUUCCAAAAAAAAAACGUAUCAAUUGAUAAUGAGGAAAGGGCAGCAACUAAGGGUGAACUGAUUUUUUUUUUGCCCUGGAUAACACACACAGAAAUAAGCCUUAAACAGCACUUCAUUGUUGGUAAGAGUCUGAGAUUCAUGUAAUGCUGCAGUUUGUUCCAGUGGCCAAAUCCAGUCAGUCUACUGUAUUUAUUUUAACAGUCCAGAGAGAUUUUCAAGAAACAAUGUGGCUAAGAACCUGUGAUCUCACUGGAUAUGAACAUUCUAGAUUUUCUUUUUUAUUAUUUUAAAACAAUUUCACAUCAUUGUUGAGGAGUUCCAAGUCUUUCUAUUUGUCUUCCUUUGAUGUGAGUGUAUUUUGGGAUAAGGGAUUCAAAGUGCUAAAUUGUAGUUGAUUUUUCCUCAUGUAAUAUAAAGAGAUGGAAUUGAUCCUUCCAUUGAAGAUGAUUAAAUGUUUUGCUAUAUACUUUUAUACAUUAUUUUCUUAUCAAACUAGUUAACAAGUAUUUUUAUAUGUUUGUAAACAAAUAUGCUUCCACAGCAUAACUUGUGUAUAUGUAAAGAUGAGUAUUUAAUUCUCACAUUUCACUUUUAACUGACAAUUAUACGUAUAAUUUACAAAACUGUGGUAGUCAUUUCCUAAUGUCCUCAUAGCAGCUGAAUGUGUCCAGCUAUAUGUGGUCAUGUGCCUGCAAAGUGUACCUACAGAGUUUUACAAGAUUCUCCAGAAUACUCUGACCAGGUAUUACAAAGAUGGAUCUAUUUCAUAAGUGUGGAAUUUGAGAAACUCCUGCUGAUAUUUUUUAGGUUUGACUGUGAAUGGUCUCUGAGUACAAGUUCAGCAGAUUUGUAACUUGGUUUGAGAUUAGCUCUUUGAGCUGCAUCACUGAAAGGUUGUACACAACUGUUCUGAUACUGACCAUAAAUCAACUCCUUGAAGUUUGGUCUUACUAUACCCUUGUAUAGCUUCUGGUGCUAGAAUAAAAGAUGAUUAAUUUCGAAGAAGA